CACAAUUAAACGUGUUGCAAAUCGCAGUGGCUAUCAGAAGAUGACUUGCCGGUUUAAGUUUGUUAUCACUUGAGUGUGUGCGUGUAUAUAUAUCUAAUCUAUAUAUUUAUCUAUAUAUAUGGAAUGUUAGUAGGAAAGAGAGCGAGGGAAUAACAUUGAAUCAACAUCUUUCAACUUCCACAGUUGGCUGGAAAUACUCAAAGAGAAAGGAGGCAGGAAGAUGGAGGGGACCCGGAUAUUUUUGAUUCUUCUGCUUGUGAUUCUUCUGCUUCUCUACUUUCUGAAACAGCAGUGGUCACGCCGACACUUUCCCCCUGGACCUCUUGCCCUUCCUGUCAUUGGAGGCGUAUGGAGAAUUAACUUUGGAAUUGGAUAUAAUGAAGAAACACUAAUAAAGUUGGCAAAACAGUAUGGGAACAUUUAUACUUAUUGGGCAGGACAUAUUCCAAUAGUAGUUUUGUCUGGAUUUGAAGCUGUGAAAGAAGGACUGGUUGAUCAUUCAGAAGAAUUCUCAGAUCGGCCAGAAACUCCAUUCCUUACACUUAUAGGAAGACAAAAGGGUAUUGUAUUUUCAAAUGGAUAUACCUGGAAGCAGCAGAGACGGUUUGGCCUUGUUACUCUGCGGAAGUUGGGAGUGGGGAAAAAAAGCAUGGAGGGCCAAAUAGAAGAGGAAUCCCGACAGCUUGUAGAGGUUUUUGCACGUGAAAAAGGGCAGCCAUUUGAUCCUGCUUUGCCCAUCACCAAUUCAAUCUCCAACGUGGUAUGUGCCAUGACUUUUGGAUACCGGUUUCCCCUUGAAGAUGAAACCUUCAAGAAACUGACCGAUGCUGUGGCACUCACCUUACAAUUUGCAGGAAGUCCAUUUCAUGUGGCAUACGAAAUGUUCCCAUGGCUCAUGAAGCAUCUUCCAGGACCUCACAAGAAGGCAUUGCAUGGUACAGAGAUGGUGCUUUCAUUAGCAAAGAAAGAAAUACAGAAACAUAAGGAUCAAAAGUCCUUUCAUGAGCCACAGGAUUUAAUUGAUUUCUACUUGCUUAAAAUGGAGAAACAUCAGAGGAAGAAUGAUCCUACUUCUACAUAUGACGAAGAGAACCUGGCUCAGGAUAUCCAUGACUUAUUUAUUGCUGGAACAGAAACGACUGCCACUUCUCUGAAAUGGGCAAUCCUCCUUUUGGCAAAUCACCCAGAUAUUCAAGAUAAAGUCUACAAGGAAAUAGAAGAUGCUUUGAGUUCCUCUUCUUUCUGCUACCAAGAUCUAAAGAAGCUCCCUUAUACAAAUGCCGUGCUUCAUGAGAUUCAGCGUUCAAAAUAUCCCCUCUUGUUUGGGCUCCCAAGACAAACUGUCACUGAUGUGAAGAUGAGAGGUUUUCUCAUCCCUAAGGGAACAAUUAUUGUACCAAAUCUACGCUCUGUACUUGUUGAUCCUGAGUAUUGGGAGACACCUGAAGAGUUCAAUCCAAAUCAUUUUUUGGACAAGGAUGGAAAUUUUGUUGCUAGAGAAGAGUAUCUCGUAUUUGGUGAAGGGGCCCGGGUGUGUUUGGGGGAGCAUCUGGCAAGGAUGGAGUUCUUCAUCUUCUUGGUCAACCUGCUGAGGGCCUUCCGUUUCCAGCUGCCUCCAGGAGUCAAAAAACUCAACGAACAGCCUACAGUAGGACUGACAACACCACCCCACCCUUAUAAAGUGUGUGCUGUUCCUCGCUCUGGUUCAUCAUUAACCAUACAAAAAUAACUACAAUGGCUUAUGCUGAUUUGCUGUAAUUUUAACAGUUCAUCUCUAACUUUAUAUAAUGUUCCCAAACAUCUUCUUCAUGCACAAAACCAAAAAUGCAGUCAUAAAGCAAUUUUAUUUCAAUCUGUUUUGCUUUUUUCACCAAUUCCUCUGUUUAAAGAAUUCUUGCUGUAUUAAUAUUUAAUACAGAUACCAAUUUUUAUAUUUCAUUCAUCCUGCAAAACUCAGCACAAAGUCUACUGCCUGAUUCUUCCAGGAACUGUGUGAUUCUUAUUGCAGUUUUCAACCUUUGAGCUGAUACUCUACCAGGACUACACGGUAUUUUCUUUGGCCCAAAAUCCUAUUCUGCAACAUCAACAAAAAUAGCAUCUUGCUUUUUCCAUUACUUUAAUAAGUUAACAUAGAAGGUUUCAGUAUCCUGUAGAAUCGCACAGAGGACGAAGUGAGCAGACUCUUUAAAAGGGGAAAGGUUUCCCCGUGACAUUAAGUCUAGUCAUGUCUGACUCUGGGGGUUGGUGCUCAUCUCCAUUUCUAAGCCAAAGAGCCGGCGUUACCUUUCCACCAGAGCAGUACCUAUUCAUCUGCUCAGAUUUACAUGUUUUUGAACUGCUCAGUUGGCAGAAGCUGGGGCUAACAGCGGGAGCUCAUCAUGCUCCCCCAAUUCAAACCACUGACCUUUCGGUCAGCAAGUUCAGCAGCUUAACGGUUUCACCUGCUGCGCCACUUGAGGCUCUGCAGACUCUUUCUGUAGCCAGAUUUUGUUCUUUGGACAAAUUUUCCACAUAAAGAAUUUAGAAAAAGUUUGAUAAUCUUCCACUUUGCAGCAGUUUCCUCUUUACACAAAAGCACCUUUUUAUUUUUAUGACCCUUGAGAAAUAAUCCCUGGCUUCUACACUUCAGCAAGUGACUGAGCUAUAGAUCUGUUUUUAACUGAUUUCUUCAGUCAUGUUCCCAGAUUGUUUUCAUAUAAAACUUAUGGUUUCUCAGUACAGCGGACUUUUUCUGGUUAUAAUUGUAAAGAUACUCAUAUGGAAAUCUCCAAUACCAAGUCCCAUAAGCACUUUAUUAGAAUUAAGAUCGCAUAUCGCACUUUGCACUUGCCCUAUAAGCCUUAUAUAUCACCUGUCACAUCAGCACUUUUAAUCGUGGCCCGGCCCAGUUCUAUUGUGUUUAGCGUAUUGUUAUUGCUUGUGGUUUAUACUGUUUUAAUUUUUUUUAAUUUGCCUCUGUUUGUAUUGUUAUAUUGUGUGUUGAGGCCUUGGCCUUUGUAAGCCGCAUCGAGUCCUUCGGGAGAUGCUAGCGGGGUACAAAUAAAGUUUAAUAAUAAUAAUAAUAAUAAUAAUAAUAAUAAUAAUAAUAAUAAUAUGGUAUCUUUACAGUUCUACCCAGAAUUGUAGAGUCCAGUUCUCUGGAGGAUAAUACCAGACAGUCAGGUCACCAACAGCAAUGAACCAUCAAGAAAAUAUUAGCUAAUUUUAAACUCCUCAUCUUUUAGAGCAUGUGUCCCCAAACUAUGGCCUGUGGGCCACAUGCAGCCCAUAAAAGCCAUUUAUCCAGCCCGUGCAGCAGCGGCUCCCUCCUCCACCACCGAGGAAUGCUCUUGCAGUGCGAAGUAGAAGGAGGGAAAGACAUGUGACUUUCCCUCCUUCUGUCUUGUUUUGGUUUUUAAGAAUAGCCUUAAAACACUGUGGUAAGUAAAUGAAAACUGCUUUACUUCAGCAAAACAUAAAGAAUAGCACACUCAGUGGAAUAAUGCAAAAGAAAGCAAGGAAGUCUUAGGGCAAACACAGUUCUUAGUCUCUGUUAAAUUUCCAAAUCAAAUAGCAGUCUUACUUCAGACAAAGAAACAGCAAUAAAUCCUUAGGAGCAGUUUCCCAGAUGCAGACUCGAAGCAGGCACAAGGGGAGCGAAGGCUUAGGCAUUAGAGUCAGAUUGUUACCAGCAAGAGCUGGCUGCACCUGCUUCUGCUUUAUAGUCCUGAGUCCCCCCACAGCUGCUAGGGCAGUUCCCAAUUACUCAGCUGCAUUUAUGGCAACUAUUCUAGCUGAAUGACGUCUCUGCUCUGUUUCCUUUUGCCUCUCCUGAAAUGUGGGUACUUGCAAAAUCUCCUCCGCAGAUUCCAACUUAUCCUCAGAUUCA